GGCACAAACCUGCAGGCGCGCAAACAGAAUACACAAACCUGCAGGCGCAUAAGGUGAUCGAACCGAGCGCCAUAAAUUUGAAAAAACUCGGGUGAAAGAGGGCGACGAGAGUUUGAGAACCCUAGCCAUGGCCGGAGAGACGGGAGGAGAACCCCGAGCGUGGCUAGCCGUCGACGAGACGGCAGCGGCCUUUAUCUCCCGCUCCCUCUCCUCGCGCCCCACAAUUAUCCUCCCUCCGCCGCUCCACCGCGCGCCGCUACGCCCGGGCAACGUCGUCGAGAUCUCCGGCCCGUCCAACUCCGGCAAGUCCCACCUUCUCCUCAUGGCUGCAGUGCAGUGCAUAUUACCAAAGGAGUGGGAGGGCAUCUACUUUGGGGGCCUGGGGAAGUCGGUCAUGUACUUGGAUCUGGACUGCCGGUUUGAUGUGCUGCGGCUGGCCCGAAUUCUGAGGAAUCGCAUUGCAGAGGGUUCAGCACAUCUAAGAAAUGGAGACUUUGAAAAGGAUGGCACCAAGGACGAAUUUCAGUGUUCUUUACAAAACAUGCUGUUCUCUGAUUGCAUGCAGCGUUUCUUGUAUGUCCGCUGUUACAACAGUUCUGAAUUUACAGCUGCUUUGAAGACUCUGCAGUCUCAGUCAAGAAGUGAAGUUCUUGGUCUUGGCAUAUAUUUUGUUAUGAUAGACAGCAUUGGUGCUUUCUAUUGGAUAGAUCGUGCUUCUCAACCUGUCGGAGAGAAUAAAGGGAAAUCACUGCAGAGCAUCACUGAAACUGUUAUCCACGAGAUACGCAAGUUUUUGCAACUUCAACCUGCAUUGGUGUUGGUCACGAAGGCACCCAUUUAUGCAGAUGGCACUACAACAGCAAAUGACUUCAAUAGGGGUUCUUCGAAAUACGUGAUGGAGGAUUCAACUGUUUUGAGAUAUUCAAGACUGGAGGAAGAAAGAAGUCUCUCUUUUCGGGAAUAUAUGCCAUCAAUAUGGCAGUCCUUUGUUACUCACAGGAUAAACCUGCAAGUAGAAGCAGAAGUUCCCUCUGUGCAUGAAAAUGAGGUACUUUCUACAUAUACUUCUGAGUGGAUGCAACCUUCCCUUAAAACAAAGGAGAAGUUUUCUAUUGUGGAUGUAAGAUCUUGCAUCUCAUAUUCCUUUUGCUUACUGGAUGGUGUUAUCCUUGCACAGUGAAUUUACCAGUCUCUGGCUUUGUGCUGAUGAAUAUGACCGAACUCAUGAAAUCUUUGUAAAGAAGUACGCAUGCGCACAGGAUAUGCUGUGUUAGUAUCUCCAUCUUGGUUCUCUGGAACUACACAAGAUACGUUACCCGUCAUGAGGAGAAAAAAAGGCAUAGGAUGCAGAGACACUAAAGCUUCAGCUACUCAGUUCAGAGUGAUUUCAAGGGUUGAUGAAUGUUGGAACUUGGAACUCAUCUUGAAGCCAGCAACGAGAAGGCCUUUCAUUUGAGGCCUGAGAAGUUGGCAAACUCAUUUCUACAUAGCAUAAAUAGUUCAAUUUGACUUGCUGAUUUGUUCAAGGCCAGCUGAUUGGUUGUUUGCUGUGGAAGCAUUCACUAUGAUGAUCUAGUGCAUUUUGUCCUAUUGUGUCAUCAUGUACUAUGCAACAACUUUGUUGAAACAUCUCAUUUUGUGCUGUGAAUCUUUGCUUGUUUCCUAGAUAGAAGUUUGUUUUCAUUCCGUGAUUUCCUACUCAAGAUUUAAUAGUUAUAUUGGUUGUACUUUA